CACAAACUUCUCUUUGGUUUGGUGGAUUCAGUUGGUCUAGGCAAGAUUCAACGAAAUAAAUAAUGUUAUGUAUAAUAGUUUAUUGAAUUGAAAUGUGUUAUAAAGUAAAAUUAUAAAAUGUGUUCGUAAAUUUUAUGAAUAAAUAUAAAAGUUAUAUACUCUUCAGUCACUAAUCAUCGAAAUGGCAGUUUGUGGGCUAAGGACGUUAUUGUUGAUCGUGUGUAUUUUGGAAUUGAUCAUCACAGUACAGCGACAAGUUUUUGAUUUCCUGGGUUAUAUGUGGCUGCCUAUUAUAGCAAACUUCACAAAUAUUUUGUUGAUUAUAUUUGGAUCAUUUGGAGCUGUCCAGUAUAUAACAAAGUACCUAUUUGCAUAUGCCAUCUGGAGCUUUAUGUGGCUGGUGUGGAAUAUAUUCCUAAUUUGUUAUUAUCUUAAUCUGGGCACUUUGAACAGGGACAGUGGUUUACUAUCACUGGGUACAGGCAGUGUAAGUUGGUGGGAAAGCAAUGGUUGGGGUUGUCAACCAGUAUGGGAUGAGGUAGAUGGACCUGGCACAUGGAGGCCCACACGAGUGGAGGGCUGCUUCAUGCAGUGGGAUCAUGUGGAACUAGGACAGUCAGCUGUUGCUGCUACUUUAGCAGCCACAGCAUUGCCCUUAGCUGUUGUCUUGGCCUUUAGAUCAUUUAAGAAGCAAAAACCAGCAGCAGAUAAAGGCACAAUAUCACGUCGUCCAGUGUACACAAUAGAAUUGAGCCCAACUGAAACAAAUAUCAGUGAAACUUCAAUGAAACCAAUGACUCCGAGACGCGUCAAGCGUCGAUCGGGUUCCCGCGGAAACAACUCCUCAGUUCGCAGAUCACGUCGAUCAUAUAGAAAUGCUGGGUAUUUAUCAUCGAAUGCAUCAUUACCUCGUGAUUCGAGAGCGUCCCGGCCCACUUCCGCGCACUCCUCAUAUUCUAACUUUCACGCAGCUCGCCCUGUUUCAUAUCACGCUCCAGAAAGAGAAAACUUUCCUUGUGUGGAUGAUGCCUAUAAUGAUCCACCGCCUCCGGUCGAAUCUGUUCCUAUAGUAACUAAUAAUAGAUAUAACACUAUUGGACGUAGCAGUAUGAAGUCUGGUUACGAUGUCGUUGGCCCAUACAAUGAGCCAAACCCACAAAGGAAAUACGAACCUAACAUUCCAUCUUACGAUAAUAUUGAACGAAAUUACGAAACCGCUCCGACUUACGACAACAGAGCGGACAAUGUAACGCCUUGCGAGUCUCCAUCGUAUGUAUAUGGUGGAGCGUAUGGCGAUGGCGCCUGGCAGACGCCACCACCUCCGGCGCCGCCCUACAGUGCCCGGGCCACACCACAGGCGCCUGGCCCGCCCGCGUACCAGGCGGCUAAUGAUCACUAUAAUAUGAAUGUAGGACCAUAAUAUCAUAAAAUGCUCGCAGAGUAUUUAAGUGCCUUAAAGCGGUGAUGUUAUUUACUAGUUGAAAUAGACACGUGUGGCCUAUUUACACUCUUUCUGGAAAUAACAUUUAAAUUUAAUAAUAUUAAUGUAUGUGAUGUUGAUUUUCCAGACGUAAAAUGGAGCUGGACCUUAAAUAUUAUUACUAAGUUCUGAUUUAUUUUUAAGAAUAUCGAAAGUAAUUGCCAUCUUGUGGUGUGUUUAUGAAUGUAUGAAAUGUAUGUAAUGAAACCUGAAUGUGAUUUUAUACGAAUUAAUCUAGUUUUGAAGUUGUUUCGAAAUGAUUUAAAUUGGGUUUUAGGCGAGUAUAUUUUAAGUCAUUGUUAUUUUUUAUCGAGAUGUUAGCUUUAAUGACACUGUUAGUGUUAAGUUUCUGCCAGAAAUAGGGUAGUCAUAUAGUUACAAUAAUACCAUAAGAAUAUUGUCGUGAGAAUUCUGAAAAGGGGUUUUUGUCUAGCUCAGUGACAUUAUGCCUACACAAGUGUAAAGGUUUUUGCUCAGUGACGUACUUAUUUAAUACUGUAAAGUGCACAAGAAAUAUUUGUGUUUCUUUCAUAGAUAUUUAAGUCUCUCUAACAUUCCAGUGGCAAGCAUUCCUGACGAGUGUCAUAGCAUGGCUCUCAAUAGGGAAAUAGUUAAAAUCUCGUCCAACAAUAGCUUAUAGGAAAGUAAUUGGAAUUUAUGUAUUAGAUAUCCGUCCAGUUUAGUGUAAACAAGAAUCUCAUGAUUAUAUGAGUAUUAUUUGAAGAUCGAAUUUGUGUAGACUUAAUCAUAUUUGAUGCAACUAAGGACCAAUCUUGUACCUAGCAAUUAAUUAGAUUACAACGAGCUUUAUUAGGUUAAGCCAAUAAGUUAUAGGGUUAUAUUUGAACCAGAUGGUCUGGUAAUUUUUUUAUACCAAAUAUACACCUACAAAGGAAGUAUUGAAUUUUAUUAUUAUAUUUACCUUUUAACUAUUUGGAUAGUGG